AUGGUUUCUGUCUCUGACGACGUCCAUCACAGGACGGAAGAAAUUUCAGCACGGAGUCAUCGGGGUCGUAGGAUGCUGAGCCGAGAUUUCCUACACAGAGUUCAACAGACAAAAGUCCAAGGUAAUCCUCCUGCGGUAUCCAGUGCAACCAAUCUACGAAUUCCUUCGACCCGCCUUUUCAAACGAAAUGAAAUGUAUGCCAGUAUCAAAAGAGCCAACGUCCUGAAUAGGAGGAACGAGUGUAGAAAACUGAGUAGGCACUAUUUGUUGCUGUUGGGUUGGCUUGAGGAGAGGGAAAGAGAGGAAGUGCAGGAGCCACCAUUGAAUAAGGGAAGGAGGCUGGGUUAA